AUGAAACUUCUAAGUUGGAACUGCCGAGGGGUCGGCAACCCUCGGUCAGUUCGAGCACUCCGCACCUGGUGCUGGAGGGAGCGGUCGGAGUUGGUCUUCUUAAUGGAGACCAUGGUUGAUUCAAAACAGCUUGAAAGAGUUAGAGGACGGUGUGGGUUUACUGAAGGUUCGUGCCUAGGUAGUGAGGGGAAUUCAGGUGGAAUGGGGCUAUGGUGGCGUGACAUUAACGUCCACAUUUUCUCAUAUUCGAGACACCAUAUUGCUGCGGAGGUUAGGGAUGAUAAUAACAACCCUGUCUGGGUGGCCGUGGGUGUGUACGGAUGGCCUGAAACGGAGAAUAAACAUCGUACGUGGGACAUGAUGCGCACUAUCCAGGAUGAGUGUGAGGUUCCAACUGUAUUUUUUGGGGACUUUAAUGAAAUUGUGAGCAUGAGUGAAAAAGAAGGGGGGGCAAUGAGGAGGGAGUCCCUGAUGGAUGCGUUCAAGGAAGCCAUUGACGAUUGCGGGCUCCACGACCUGGGAUUCAAAGGAAGAACUUUUACUUGGCAACGGGGGACGGAACCGGGGUCAGUGAUCAGAGAAAGGCUUGAUAGGUUCUUGGUGAGCGAAGAAUGGCACAAUCUUUUCCCUCGAUCCAUGGUCAGGCACUUUCCCAUAUAUAAGUCUGACCAUGCGCCCAUAUUGUUGAACACUGAGGCAAUAAAUUUCCAGAAUAAGGAAAAAAGAAGAUUUCACUUUGAAGCUCUGUGGUUGGCGAGUGAGGAAUGUCGUGGUGUGGUUGAGUCUUCGUGGAAUGGUGGUGGGGGAUCCUCCCUCCCUGUCAUUAUUGCUAGAUGUGCUGAAGACUUGAGUAAGUGGGCAAAAGGCAAUUUCAGAGCAGUAAAGAAGAGGAUAAAAGAGGCGGAAAAAGAACUCAGUGAGUGGCAGAAAUGUGUACCUGAUGCUACUAUGAUUGAGAAAUGCAACAAUCUUUGUGCGGAGUUGGAUGAUCUUCAUAGAAAAGAGGAGACUUACUGA